AGAAAUCCUCUCCCAACUGAUUCAAACAGUUACCCUAUCCAACCAACAUUGCCAUCUGUUCACAAAAACACUAUCAUUUCAUUUCCCAUUCUUUUCUAUUCAUAUUCCUAUGUUUCCACUUCUAUCUAUUCCCCUGUUUCUUCUCAUUCAAAACCGUGUGGCUCAAAUUUGAAUCCUCUUUCUCUUCCUUCCUCUUUGUCUUUUUACUUCGUCCUUCUUUCUUCUUCUUCUUUUUUUUUUUUUUUUUGGGUUUGAUCAAAAUAUAUCCGAGAAAAACGCCAUGAGAAAUGAAGAACUAGGAACUUGGUUGAACGGGUUUUCUAACAACAACAGCAUCCUUCACCGUGGCCACGUCACCUCACCACCACAACCUCAACCUUCUUCGAGUGUUUUCUCCAUGAUCCAUGAUGAUGGUGUUGAUAUUGAUGCGAUGCUGUGUAGUGAUUUUGCUAGAAUGAGUGUUUUUCACGAACUAGGGAAUGUUGGUGCCAAAACCAGAGGAUAUGGUGCUAAUGUUAUGGAUUCAUCAUACCCACAUGCAUUCUUAAACUCACACUCACCUUGUUCUUUUGAUGCACAUGCACAUGUUCAUGAAGAAAUGGGUACCCCAUUACCUACUUGGGGUGUUUCAGUUCCUUCUGAUGUGAAGGGACACACUUUUGGACCCCCAAUGGAGUCUUCUUCUCAUACCCAAAGGAGCAACACUUGCUAUGGGCACGUUCCACUGCAAAACCCAUUUCAUGCUACAAGGCCUUUUGUAGUGGAUUGUGAUGUGAAAAAACCCAUUGUGUUCUCUCAAAGUCAAACCAUGAUGCAACCAAAGAUUGCUAUGAAUGUAAACACGCCAUCAUCACAUUGUUUCCCUGCAGCAAAAGAAAGAGGAACAACAAGUGUAGCUGUAACCACCAAUGGUGAUUUUUCUCACUCUAGAGGGAACCCUUUGGGGUUUCAAUUUGACGGUGGUUUUGUCCUACAAGAGAAGAAUGUAAAAUGCUAUGCUGGUAGAGGGUGUCAUUCUUUGUGGGGUUGCAAAGAGAGUUUACCUUUACUAGUUCAACAAGCAGUGGGAGAGGAACUUCCUCAACUCAUUCCUCCUCGUGUUGCUCCCACUAGACAUGAAAAGAAUGGCAUUCUCGCCAGCGAUGUUUCGCUUUCUCUGCGGCCAUUGUUGUACAAUUUUAGUCCUUUGUCUAAGUUCCAUGGCUACAUUUACUACCUGGCUAAGCACCAGAACGGUUGCCGCUUCCUGCAGAGGAUGAUUGAUGAGGGCACCUCUGAACAUGUGCUAAUAGUGUUCAAUGGAGUCAUAGAUGAUGUUGUUGAGCUUAUGGUGGACCCUUUUGGCAACUACCUUGUGCAGAAGUUGCUUGAUGUGGGCGGAGAUGAUGAAAGGUUGCAGGUUGUGUCAAUGUUGACUAAAGAACCAGGGCAGCUAAUCAAAACCUCUUUGAAUAUACACGGGACUCGGGUGGUUCAGAAGCUGAUCACGACUGUCGACUCUAGAAAACAAAUUGCAAUGCUUAUGUCUGCUAUUCAAUCUGGUUUUCUUGCUCUUAUUAAGGAUCUAAAUGGGAAUCAUGUCAUACAGCGUUGCUUGCAAUACUUUAGCUGUAAAGAUAAUGAGUUUAUUUUUUAUGCUGCUACAAAGUUUUGUGUGGAGAUAGCUACUCAUCAACAUGGGUGUUGUGUAUUACAACGUUGCAUUGAUUAUUCCACCGGAAAAUACCAAGAUAAACUGGUAAAGGAAAUAUGCAGACAUGGGCUUCUACUUGCUCAAGAUCCAUUUGGAAAUUAUGUUGUUCAGUAUAUUAUAGAGAUGGAGAACCCAACUGCCUCAUUCAAACUGCAUUCUCAGUUCAAAGGGAACUACACCAACCUCUCAAUGCAAAAAUAUAGCAGUCAUGUGGUUGAAAAAUGCCUCGUGCAUCUUGCAGAGAUCAAGUCAAGGAUAGUCCAAGAACUGUUAUCUUUUCCUCACUUUGAGCAGUUGCUACAAGACCUAUAUGGCAACUAUGUUGUUCAACGUGCUCUCGGAGUGACCAAGGGCUUUCUGCAUGCAUCUCUAGCUGAAGCAGUUCGCCCCUACAAAAUGUUGCGCACCAGCCCUUAUUGCAAAAGGGUUUUCUCGAGGAACCUGCUUAACAAGUGAUGUGUGACUGGCAGCUAGCCAAUAAAUAAGAUAUGUUGUUGUGCUCACUUCAUUUACUAACUACUUUUUUCCUAAUUAAGAACCUCCUAGUUUUAUACUUUAAUGUCUUGGCCACGAGUAUAUGUUGUAUGCAUGCCUACUUGAUUGUCCAAGAAUCUGUGAGCCAAUUCUACUAGAAACAAGUUUGUCCAAGCCUCUAAUCAUCCUCUGUGAUCUAGGGGUCUAAAAGUUCCAAUGCAAAGGCAAGUUCCAAAGCCAAAUCUUGCAUUAUUUUGUUGAUCUAUGGAUCUGUGAUGCAUGGUACAUCCUAGAUAUGAUAUUACCUUUCUAGUUUCUGCAUAGAUAUCAUGUGAACAUUUUCCUGCAA